UCUAUCGUGUCCGCUUCAGGCCACCGUAGCGCAGACUCAUCUCUGGUCAUCCAAGGUAAAACAAGUGUGUAGUCUUAUACUUGUUUAAAAAGAUUAACUUUCGCCUUUUGAGCCUUUAAGGAGAAGCACGAUGUGUGGUAUAUGGGCCUUGUUUGGCAGUGAUGAGUGCCUGUUAACUCAGAGCAAAAGUGCCAAGAAGAUCGCACACAGGGGUCCGGAUGCUUUCCGUAUAGAAAAUGUCAACGGUUUCACCAACUGCUGCUUCGGCUUCCACCGUUUGGCCAUCGUGGACCAGUUGUACGGGAUGCAGCCGCUACGCAUUAAGCGUUUCCCUUACCUCUGGCUCUGUUAUAACGGCGAAAUCUACAACCACUGUCGGCUGAAAAAGCACUUUGAGUUUGAGUACCAGACCAAAGUGGACGGAGAGAUCAUCCUCCACCUGUACGACCGCUUCGGCAUCGAGAAGAUGGCGUCGCUGCUGGACGGCGUGUUCGCCUUCGUUCUGCUGGACACUGCCAAUAGGAAGGUUUUCCUAGGCAGAGACACGUAUGGUGUCAGACCUUUAUUCAAGAUGCUGACUGAAGAUGGCUUCCUCGCUGUGUGUUCAGAGGCUAAAGGCCUGAUCGAUAUUGCAGACUCCAUGCCGAACCCCAAGGUGAAGAUCACGCCGUUCCUUCCAGGCCACUUCGAGGUGUUUGACCUGAAACUGAACGGGAAGGUGGAGUCCAUUCAGCUGGACUGCUUCCACUGCUGCACACAAGAGCCCAAACAUGCUGCCUACCACAACAUCGAGAACCUUGGCACGGGUUUCGCUCUGGAGACGGUAAAGAGCAACAUCAGGAUCCUGUUUGAAAACGCUGUGAGGAAGCGCCUCAUGGCCCACAGGAGGAUCGGCUGCCUUCUCUCAGGCGGUCUGGACUCCAGCCUCGUCUCUGCUAUGCUUGUUAAGCUAGCUAAAGAGGACAAGCUGCAGUAUCCCGUUCAGACAUUUGCUAUCGGGACAGAAGACAGUCCCGACGUUUUGGCUGCACGCAAGGUUGCAAACCACAUAGGCAGCGAGCACCAUGAGGUGAGUUUCACCCCAGAGGAAGGCAUCCGCGUCGUGAAGGAGGUUAUUUACCACCUGGAGUGUUACGACAUCACCACAGUGCGUGCGUCAGUUGGCAUGUAUCUGAUCUCGAAAUUCAUCCGAGAGAAGACGGACAGCGUGGUGAUUUUCUCCGGAGAGGGAUCUGACGAACUGACGCAGGGCUACAUCUACUUCCAUAAGGCUCCGUCAGCCAAAGCCGGAGCGGAUGAAAGCGUACGUCUGCUGGAGGAGUUGUAUCUGUUCGACGGGCUGAGAGCAGACCGGACCACGGCAGCACACGGGUUGGAGCUGAGAGUUCCUUUCCUGGACCACAGGUUCACUGCCUACUUCCUCUCUCUGCCUGAGGACAUGAGGACCCCCAAGGACGGCGUGGAGAAGCAUCUGCUGCGGGAAGCGUUCAAAGGACUGAAUCUGAUUCCAGACGAGAUCCUGUGGAGACCCAAAGAGGCUUUCAGUGACGGCGUGAUGUCCAUGAAGAAGUCCUGGUACAUGAGCUUGCAGGAGCACAUCGAGUCUGAGGUGAACGACUCUGAAUUGGAGAACGCAGCCUCGUUGUUCCCCUACAACACGCCCACUACCAAAGAAGGCUUCUUCUUCCGUAAGAUCUUUGAGAAGCUUUACCCGGGACGCGCCGAAUGGACGCCGCAUUACUGGAUGCCUCGCUGGAUCAAAGCUACCGAUCCGUCCGCCAGAACCCUGUCCAUUUACAAACCAGAUAAACAUCAGUAAUCUGACAAACACGUAAUCGUACUGUAUCACUGUAUCCUGACAUCACAUAAACACCAGGUCUGAUCUGUGCUUCAUCCAGCGUGCCUUUUUUAACUUUUUUAAAAAUCUUUAUUAAUUCAGGAGUAAAACACUCAGGGACGUUUUGUUACAGGGAAAUGAAUGCUUUUCCUCUAACAGCACAUCUCAGUGUGGUUUAUUCCUCUUACACAACAGAAGCAAACGGUUCAUUUUUCUACAUUUCUCACAAGAUAUUCUAGUUCCUGUUAGCAUUUAUAAACACAGCAGCACUUUCAACACUUCUCACUCUCUCUGAGUUAAUACAAGAAAAGAAAAACAGAUUGAAAAUUGUUUUAGUGAAAGAAGUUUUAGUUCUUCAGUUCUUUUAGUUUUUAGUAAACUCAAAAUGUUCUAACAGCAGACUUCUGAUUCUCUCUCUCUCUCUCUUUCCCAUUGUCUGUCUGUCUCUCUCUUUCCCUCUCUCUCUCUCUCUUUCCCAUUGUCUCUCUCUCUCUCUCUCUUUCCCAUUGUCUCUCUCUCUCUCUCUCUCUCU